CUGUCAAAUAAACUUUAUGUGAAUGUUUGAGAAUGUUGCAACAUUUGUAUCUACAGUUUAACAGUUUCUGUCACCGAACGUUCUAAUAUUUGGCGGGACGGUACGCGGCAGGCAUGUCUCUCAAGAUUUUAUGGAGGUUACAUCAGCCUUUGAAAAGGACACAAGCCUGUGGAUUUGCUCUCAGGACACUAAAUGGAUUAAACAGUGUCCCCGCCAACAGGUUAAACUGCACAACACUGGCAUCCAGUGCAUCUACACUAAACCUUCUUAGAGACUGGAGGAAUUGUCACACCAGUUUACAUUACCAUAGAUGCUUAUUGCAGAGAGGAGUGAGUCAGAGACCACUUUUUGAAAGACUGACUCCUUUAAAUUUAAAAUCCAGAACAUGGAGAUUACAAAUGAGAUUGCAGUCCACAACAACAACCGCCACCAAAUCAGUGCUGAAACAAGGAAGCUUGCCUGGAAAAAGGACCUUUAAGGGACCAAGAACCAAACAACCUUCACGAACCAAUCAGCCUAGUCUGGAGGAGGACAUGAUGCAGUGCAUUGCAUACGCAACUGCAGAUCAGUACCAUUUACCAACCCUCUGUCACGAUCUCAUAGCUCAUGGCUUCGUUGAAAUCGAAGAAUUUCCCAGAGAUGCUUCUAAUGUUUUGGUUAUGGGAACAGAGAAUGCUGCAAAACCUUAUGAUAGUGGCACAAUGUUCGUCUUCAGAGAGGGCUCCGUGGUGUUCUGGAACGUUGAAGAGAAAACUAUAAAGACAGUGAUGAGGAUAUUGGAACAGCAUGAAAUUCAACCCUAUGAAGUCGCUCUGGUCCACUGGGAAAAUGAAGAGAUCACUUAUACAGUAGGAGAGGGUAAUUCAAAGCUCCAUCGUGGAAUUUUCUUGUUUAAUGAAGAGAUGGAUUAUAAUCAGGUUGUUCUGGAGAAGUUUGCAUUUUCCAAUGCUUUAUCUCUGUCAGUAAAACUGGCAAUAUGGGAGGUCUCUCUCGACAACUUUGUUGAGUCCAUCCAGUCAAUUCCUGAGAUGCUGAAGUCUGGACAGAGAGUGAAACUGUCUAGGGCUGAAGUUAUGCAGAAGAUAGGGGAGCUCUUUUCCCUCAGGCACUGCAUAAACCUCAGCUCAGACUUACUGAUCACACCUGAUUUCUACUGGGAUAGAGAAGAUCUCGAGCAGCUCUAUGACAAGACCUGUCAGUUCCUCAAUAUUAACAGAAGAGUUAAGGUUGUGAACGAGAAGUUACAGCACUGCACUGAACUAACAGACCUGAUGAGGAAUCACCUCAGUGAGAAACACAGUCUCAGACUGGAGUGGAUGAUUGUCAUACUGAUCACCAUUGAGGUGAUGUUUGAACUUGCUCGUGUAAUCUUCUGAGGACCCACAGAUACAGACUUACGAUGGCAUACAGUAACUUUGUAAACCAGCAAAUCAUUUUGUUUUCUGUAGAUGAAGUACUCAUUGAUCAGUCAUCUGAUCUUUUGCUAUUCUUAAUGUGACACUGACCUGAAAUAAAGUUUUUUUUUUUUAGAAGGAUCAGAUGAAUAGUGGCUCAUUUGGUUUCUGUUUUGGCUCCUUUUCAGAAAGUUGUGGGAUAGAAAUCACUAUUGAAUAGAUGUCCUGAAAUGACUCGACCCCUGCUGUGAAAUAAGUUGAUAGCCGUGUUGUGGAACUUAUAAAUGAGCUUGAGUAAUAUAAAACAGCUCCAAAAUGUGCACAACUCUUCACAUGCUGCCAUGUUGCCAAUGGCAUCGGACUUGGUUUUGUAAUUGGGUUGUGCUUACAUAGCCUCCAAUAGUGCUAAAAUUUCUCAAAUGAUUUUUUACUUUACAAGCUGUGACAAACUGUCU